GAUCAGUCCCUUGACGGAGUCCUUCAUCUCCCGGGACUUUCGACGGAUCGCUCUCGCGCAUCCGCUCUUCUCUAGACGACCAAAGACCUCAGCUUUCGCCUGCUGGCAGGUCAGUUUGACGACCGUCCAACUCGCGACUCGACCGACCGAAAACGACAAAAAGCGCCAAAAGCCAACGAUUAUUGAUAUCUUACAUUCAAUGAGCAAGUCGUCGACUGGAACCGCAUCGCAGAAUUCCAAGUUACCCGGAACUUCAGCCUGGUCAAAGGGUCCGCCGACCUCCAGCCAGUCCAGUCGUUCGCAAUCCCCUGCCCCGUCCCAGUUCCAGCCUUCGCAUUCGAGACGCGCAAGCGCCGCCCUCGGUCAAGGCGUACCCAUCAAGGACGGUGUCAGCAUUCCGAGGACGAAUGUCGGAGCUGCAAAGCAGUCUUCGUCCCCUGUGACCUUCGGCUCGAUCGACGAUGCUGCCGCAUCGGCGCCCAUCUCAUCCUCCCCCGCCACGGCACCAACGUCCGCCGUCAAGGACGUCAAAACGUUCGGCAGCGUCGACGCCAUGCCGAGCACUGGAGCACCUCGGCCGGGGCACGUAAACGGCAAGGCCUCGAUAUCCCAAAAGCCCGCCGCCGCGUCCACAUCCUCCAGCACCUCCACGCCGCCUCCCAGUGAACACCCUAAGCCGAAAAUCGAUGUCAAGGCUUUCUUCAGAUCCGGCGGUGGCGGCGCUCCAUCAGCGUCUCCCGCGGCGUCUCCAGCAGUCCGACCCACCACCCUCCCCCAAUCGCAAUCAUCGCAGCCUCAAUCCUCACAACCCUCGCAGCCGCAAUUCCCGACCUUCGUCCCGUCGUCCGCGUCAUCACGAGGCGCUGCCCCUCGUUCACCUGGUUUCCGCGGCUCUCACCUUAAUGGCAACGGAUCUCGGCCGCCUGCCGGUGGUCAACCUCCGCCCGCUGGUCAACCGCAGAUGAACCCGAUGGCAAGCCCUCGGAUGCCGCCUGCUCAGUCAUUGCCUGGCGGUCCCGCGCCCGGAAUGCAACCUGGUAUGCAACCUGGUAUGCCGCCUGCUCCUAUGCAGGGCUGGUUCUAUCCUCCUCCUUACGGUGGUUAUGUGGACCCUAAUUGGGCCGCGGCUUACGGCCAGUGGUAUAUGCCGCAACAAGGACCCCCACCUAUGUCUCCUCAACAACAUCCUGCGCAACCUCCCCCGAUGCCCAUGUCCCCUCGAAACGCCCCGCCGCCAUUACAAGGUGGCCCCGGCACUCCAGCCCCUGUACAUGCUUCGCCCGUUCCUCACCCGCCUCCUUCCCACGCCCCUUCGAACAGCAUCAAUGGUGUCGCGUCACCGCCGGGGACGCCUGCCAGCGCAACCGUUCCCGUGCCCGGCGGACGUCUCAACCAGAGCGCGGCACCGUUUACUCCCUCGUCGUCUGCUCGCAAGAUCACCCUUCGUGCGCCGGACGGUAGCGAGAUUAAGUUUGACAAAUUCAAGCAGAACGGACAACAGCCCGCUGCCUCUCCUGCGACGCCGACGGUGACGAGCCCGCGCAAGCCGGUCAAGAUCGAGAAACCGACGGAGGCGCACGAGAAGCGGAUAGCCGCCGAGAAGGCCGAGGCCGAGGCUAAGGCCAAGAAGGAGCGCGAGCAGAAGGAGAAGGAAGAGAAGGAGCGCAAGGAGAAGGAGGAGAAGGAGCGUAAGGCAAAGGAGGAGGCCGAGCGCAAGAAGGCUGAAGAGGAGAAGGCACGCAAGGAGGAGGAAGAGAAGGCGCGCAAGGAGGCCGAGGAGAAGGCGAAGCGCGCAGAGGAGGAGCGUGUCAAGGAGGAGGAGCGCAAGAAGGCCGAGGAGGCGGAGAAGCUGAAGCAGGAGGAGGAACGCAAGAAGGAGGAAGAGGAGCGUAAGAAGACCGAGGAGGCCGCUAAGCCGACGGAGGCGAAGGAAGAGGUCGAGGAGGGAGAGAUCAAGGAACCCACCUCCGACGCUCAGCCUGCAGCGGACGAGAAGGUCAAGUUCCCUUCCGCUGGCCCCGAUCCUCAGCGCAAGCGCCCCGGUCCUCUCAACCUCAAGAUUGCCCAGUCUACUCCCAUUGAUGCCCCUCUUCCGUCCGCUCUCGCUACGGCUCGCGCUAUCGACGACAUCGGCUCCGUGCACUACCCUGAGGGCAUCAAGAGCCCGUUGGUCGAGUUGAACACGCACGCCAAGGAUGGCAAGUUCAGAUAUGACCGUGACUUCCUGCUGCAGUUCAUGGAAGUGUGCAAGGAGAAGCCUGAUAGGAUGCCUCCUCUCGACGCCAUCGGUCUUGAGCCCAUGGGUCCCGCCGACUUCGCCAUGAGCCGUGGUGGUUCGCACCGCAAGCCUUCCAAUGCGCAGGCGCCGUCGCGAACGUCGUCGAUGAACUUCGGUGGUCCUGGCGGCGCAUUCGGCGGCAAGCCCGGAGGCAGCGCCUUCGGCGGCAUGGGCAACUUCCAGACCCCGACCUCUAAGCUGACGAGCCAGGAGCGCUUCGAGCGGGCCAACGCUGGUGGAUCCCCAACGAUGGGCUUCUCACGCCCGAGCGCCCUAUCGCGGACGUCCAGCCAGGGUGGCCCCGGCUCUACCGACAACAAGCGUACUCGCAGUCAGCGCGGCAACAAGCGCGGCGAUCGCCAGGAGGGCAGCAAGUUCAACGGCCCGCCUCAGGGUCACGGUUCAGGCUUCGGCCAGAACGCGCAGAACGCUCUCAACCUCGAGCCCGUCGCCCCUCUCACUCGCUCCGAGAACAGGUGGACACCUGGUGCUCUUGCGAAGGGCGCCGAGCCGGACUCCCCCGAGGUUGUCGACCGCAAAGUCAAGGGUUUGCUCAACAAGCUCACGAUGGAGAAGUUCGACUCCCUGUCCGACCAGAUCAUCGCCUGGGCGAACAAGUCGGAGAAGGAGAAGGACGGUCGCACUCUUAUCCAGGUCAUUCGUCUCGUCUUCGAGAAGGCGACCGACGAGGCUGCGUGGUCCGAAAUGUACGCGCGUCUGUGCCGGAAGAUGAUGGAGCAGAUCAGCCCGAAGGUGCAGGACGACGGCAUCCGCAAUGCGGAGGGCAAGCCCAUCACUGGUGGCCAGCUGUUCCGCAAGUACUUGCUCAACCGCUGUCAAGAGGACUUCGAGCGCGGUUGGGUGAACAAGGAGGCUACGGCUGCCGCCGCCGCGACCAAGGCCGUCGAGGACGAGGCUGUCAAGUCCGCUAACGAGAAGAAGGAGGGCGGCGACAACGAGCCUGACCUCUACUCCGACGAGUACUACGCUGCGCAGAAGGCGAAGCGUCAAGGUCUCGGUCUCAUUCGCUUCAUCGGCGAGCUGUUCAAGCUGCAGAUGUUGACGGAGCGCAUUAUGCACCAGUGCGUGCAGAAGCUGCUCGGCAACGUCGACAACCCUGAGGAGGAGGAGAUUGAGAGCUUGUGCAAGCUGCUCACCACCGUUGGCGAGCUCCUCGAUACCCCGCGUGCUCACGCCCACAUGGACGUGUACUUCGCGCGCAUGAAGGAGUUGACGAAGAAGCCGACCGUGAGCUCGCGUAUGCAGUUCAUGCUGCAGGAUCUUAUUGAGCUUCGCGCAAGGAAUUGGCGUGCGCGUACACAGGCCGCCGGGCCGACUACCAUUGCACAGAUUCAUGAGAUUGCUGCAAAGGAGAAGGCCGCCCAGGAGAAGGAUGCAAUGCACCGCCAGUCCACCAUGUCUCGCGGUGGGUCAAGGCGCGGUGGUGACCGGAGGGAUUCAGAGCACGUCGGCCCUGACGGCUGGACAGUCGCCGGAUCCUCCGCCCCGCGCCCGCCCGCCAAGGCCGGUGACCUGUCCAAGUUCGGCAACAUCAGCAAGGCGACACCCAUGACCUUCGGGCCUGGUAGCGUCUUCGCGGGCAAGAACGCCAACAAGCGCGACUCGAUUUCUCGCCAGGCAUCGACAUCCAACAUGUUCCACGCGUUGCAGAGCGAGGGUGCUGAGCCCGUCACUGCACCGAAGUCCAGCCGCCCGCCGAGUCGGAAGCCUAGCGUCGACCUAUCCGCUGCUGCUGGCGGCGAGGCCUUGCCGCAGCGCAGGAAGCUUGUCCUCCAACCGCGCACCAAGCCCUUGGAGGAGAACAAGCCUGACGCCAGUGAGUCUGAGGACGAAGGUUCCACUGCGGCUGCCGCCGCGCCUUCGGACAUGUCGGAAGAUGCGGCCAAGAAGAAGGUCGAGGAGGAUGUCAAGGAGUUCUUCGCCAUCCGGAAUAUGGAGGAGGCCGAGAACUACUUCACGACGCUGCCUGCGAACCACCAUCACCUGCUGAUUGACAAGUUGGUGACGCAAGCCAUGGAUCGCAAGGAGGCGGACGUCAAGCUCGUUGGCGACCUCUUCACGCAUGCGCUCGGCAAGAAGCUCGUGUCGACGGAGGCCCUCGAGGAAGGCAUCGCGCCCACGAUGGAGUUCAUCGAGGACAUUGCCAUCGACGUGCCGAAGGCCUGGGACUUCAUGGCCACCUUGGUGAAGGCAGCGUGCUUCGACGAGGAAACACGGACGCGGCUGGCGAACAAGUCGUCGAACGCGGAUAAGAUGCUCUCCUUGCUAUCAUAGGUUGUCGUUAGGCGGACCGUCUCUGCUCUCUGUCUGUUAUAUCAUAGACCGCAUGUACUACAGCAUACCGUAUCAUUCCGCACGCUGCAUUGACUGCAUCACCUAGUUGUCUCUACCGGCUUUCGUUCGUUUGUUUCCUCCCUUUACUACUGGCGCGCGUCUUACUGUUCUUAUGUGUUUAUAUGAUUAUGGCACCUUCCUCCUCACCACCUCACCCUCUUGUGUACACUCGUGUCCCCCACCGUUGCGCAUCUUGUCCAUUCAUCUCUCCAUACACUCAUCCCGCUUUUCUCCUUCACCUGUUCAUAUUGCGUCCCGCGCUGUACACUGUAGCACUUGCCUAUAUCAUUAUAGCAGCAUGCUGAGAUCCA